AUGGAAGACAGGAACAAUGUGACUGAAUUCAUCCUCUUAGGUCUUAUAAAGAAUCCUGAGAUGCAGAAAGUCUUAUUUGUUAUAUUUUUAAUCACCUAUAUCAUUACUGUGAUGGGCAAUGUUCUCAUUGUGAUCACCAUAACCUCUAGCCAGACUCUGAAUUCUCCAAUGUAUUUCUUUCUUUCUUUCUUGUCCUUAAUUGAUGCCUGCUAUUCAUCUUCAAUUGUCCCCAAAAUGCUUGCAGAUUUACUGUGUGAAAAGAAAAUCAUUUCUUUCAAUGGGUGCAUGACACAAGUAUUUAUUGAACAUGUUUUGGGUGCCUCUGAGAUUGUCCUCCUCAUUGUAAUGGCCUUUGACAGAUAUGUGGCUAUCUGCAAGCCCCUGCAUUACACUACUAUAAUGAAUCAUCAUUUAUGUUGUCUGCUUGUGGUAUUGGCUUGGACAGUGGGCUUCCUUCAUUCAACAGGACAAAUCCUUAUCACACUGUGGCUCCCAUUCUGUGGACCUAAUGUCAUAGAUCACUUUUUGUGCGACAUUGUCCCUGUGAUCCAACUUGCCUGCACAGACACAUUCAUGGUUGGUCUGCUCGUUGCUGCAAAUGGAGGAUUAAUUUCCAUGAUUAGCUUUGUUAUGUUGAUGUGCUCUUAUGUUAUUAUCCUGUGCUCCCUGAAAAGUUACAGCUCUGCAGGGAGAAGCAAAGCUCUCUCAACUUGUAGUUCCCACAUUACUGUUGUCGUCUUGUUUUUUCUUCCAUGCAUUUUCAUGUAUCUUCGACCAGUGACCACCUUCCCAAUGGAUAAAGCUGUGACUAUAUUUUUCACUCUCAUCACCCCCAUGCUAAACCCAUUUAUCUACACAGUGAGGAAUGCAGAGGUAAAAAAUGCCAUGAGAAAGCUGUGGAGCAGAAAAGUUGUUUCAGAUUACAAAUGA